UUUUCAAGGUUCUAUGAUCCAUCAAUGUGAUCAGACCGUGAUGACGAUGGUAGGAUCUAUUACUUCCCCUGGAUAUCCAGGCUACUUUGGGCCAAACUACUAUUGCGUGUACAGUAUUUAUCGACCUGAUAUUUCAGUAUGUCAACUGGAAUUAGAGUUCAUCGAAUUCAGUGUGGGAAAACACAAUCCAGUUAGCUGCUCGUCUGGAGCUUAUUUAGAAUUACCAGGGAAAAACCGUUUGUGCCAUGACAUUGAUGGAAAAAUGACCAUAAAAGUGUCCGAAUUCCAGGAUCCUGUGACUUUCGAGUUUCGUAGCGACAGCCGCAUCUCAGGAAGAGGUUUUUACAUACAAAUAACUCAAAUACCUAACACUUGUCCGGGAUACAACGCCCUCCCUCACCUCCCAGAAUCUUUAAAACGCUGUUACCAGGAGGUAACAACCUAUUCAGGAUACUUUACACCCAUGGGGAAGACGACGACAUGUGACUUUGUAAUAUGGAGAGCCGACCCCACAGUAUGCCGAGUACGGUUGCAAGUAUCAGCAUCUAUCUAUUUAUCAGUACCUUGCAUGUACAACUUCAUACAGCUACCGAAUGGUGAAAAAAUGUGUGCUUCUGUAACUGAGAGGAGAGAAGUAGAAUUUUCAAAUGAUCUUGAUUUCAUUGCAUUGCAUUAUUACAACCUACAUUACCCUAUGUUUAAUCUAUGGGUAGACCAACUCAGUAAUUCGUGCAACACUUUAAGAAGACCAACCAUCACAUCAAAAAGCAAAAGAUGGGCUUGGAAGGUAGUUCCUCGAUGAUGAAACUGAAAACACUGAACUGGCUAUCUACUUAUUUUAGAACAGUCUAAAUGGAACUUUGGAAUGUAUGGUUAAAGUUAUUAGAAAUUAUGUCUAAGAUGUCCAAUGGAUUAUCAUUUACGCUCUUGACAAACUUCAUAUUAUCAUUCAUGAUAAUAAAAUUCAUGACACUGUAGUGGCUUUUGUAAACUUUAGAACAGUGUAAAUGAACAAUUGGGAUGAACAGUUAAAAUAUUUUAAAAAUUACUGUAUAACACAGAUGUUUAAUGUAUUGUUAAUUUUUUCUUUUGAUUAACUUGAUAUUGUUAUCAUUCAUAAUGAUGAAAUUUAAGACAUGGUACUGGCCAUCUGUUUUAUUUUAGAACAAUAUUAAUGGAAAUUUGGAAAGCACGGUUAAAAAUUAUUUUAUAUCGGAGAUGUCCAAUGUAUUAAAUUUUUUUGACAACUAUAUAUUAUUAUCAUUCAUAAUGAUGAUGAAAUUCAAGACUCAGGAGUAGUUGUUUGUUAAUUUGAGAACAGUGUGGUGUAAAUGAACCAUCGAAAUGAAUGGUUAAAGAUAUUUAAAAAAAUUUAUACAACA